CUCAUCAACAUUUCUAAUCAAUAGUUACAAUAACUAAAAAAAUGGCACCAACAUUUUCAACACCGAUCAAAAUAAUAUCCUCAAUACUACUUUUGAUAACCAUCAUCAUAACUAACGGUCAAGCACCAAAUCAAACAUCAACAUUGGUGUUCUACCUACAAGAUGUGGGAAGAGGAUUCAACGCAACCGUUAUGCCGGUUAUCGGCAUCAACGGAAGGGUUUGGUCUUACCACUCAUUCGGAACAAUAUUUGUCGUUGAUGACCCCGUCAUGUUAAGCCCUAGUCCAUUUUCAACUCAAAUUGGAAGGGCACAAGGUGUAAUUACAGUGACAUCUCUAGAUGGUGCAAAUGUGAACAUAGUUUUGUCACUUGUGUUCAACAAUGGGGAAUAUAGUGGUAGCACUUUGGAGAUACAAGGUAAUAGUCGUCAACGUGAGAAUUCAAGAGAGCUCUCUGUUGUUUCUGGAACAGGAAGGUUUCGAUAUGCAAGAGGGUUUGUUGUGUUUGAAACUAUGUCUUAUGAUGCUCCAAGUGAACGUUCUGUCAUUAGGUUGACCAUAACUUUGGCACUACCUUGAGAAAAUUAUGUAUUAUUUAUAUGGUUAAUGCUUGUUGAUGUAUAAUAUCAUAUGGAUGUAUGAUGUCAUACAAGCUUUAUAUAGAUUAAUUAAUAAAUGAAAAUUAUAAAGGAAUAAUUUAUCUUGUCUUGUUA